GCACCAGUUUGCUGAAGCUCCAGACCGCCCAGCUGUUCUGUGGGGAGCAUCCCAGGAACCGGAGGCAGCCACCAUGGCCCAAGGGCUAGAAGUGGCCCUCACAGACCUCCAGAGCUCCAGAAAUAAUGUGCGGCACCACACGGAAGAGAUCACUGUUGACCACCUCCUUGUUCGCCGGGGCCAGGCCUUCAACCUCACCCUGUACUUCAGGAACCGGGGCUUCCAGCCAGGCCUGGACAACAUCAUCUUCGUGGUUGAGACUGGACCACUGCCAGACCUGGCCUUGGGGACUCGGGCUGUGUUCAGCCUGGCACGCCAUCACAGCCCCAGUCCCUGGAUCGCCUGGCUGGAGACCAAUGGGGCCACCUCCACAGAAGUGAGUUUGUGCGCUCCUCCCACGGCGGCCGUGGGUCGGUACCUCUUGAAAAUCCACAUCGACUCCUUCCAGGGGUCUGUGACAGCCUACCAGCUCGGGGAGUUCAUCCUGCUCUUCAAUCCCUGGUGCCCGGAGGAUGCUGUCUACUUGGACAGUGAGCCCCAGAGGCAGGAGUAUGUCAUGAAUGAUUACGGCUUCAUCUACCAGGGCAGCAAGAACUGGAUCCGCCCGUGUCCCUGGAACUACGGACAGUUUGAAGAGAAAAUCAUAGACAUCUGCCUGAAGCUGCUGGACAAGAGCCUGCACUUCCAGACUGACCCAGCCACAGACUGUGCCCUGCGGGGAAGCCCCGUCUACGUCAGCAGAGUGGUGUGUGCCAUGAUCAACAGCAAUGAUGACAAUGGGGUGCUCAAUGGAAACUGGAGUGAGAAUUACACAGAUGGCGCCAACCCUGCGGAGUGGACGGGCAGCGUGGCCAUCCUGCAGCAGUGGUAUGCCACAGGCUGCCAGCCUGUGCGCUAUGGGCAGUGCUGGGUCUUUGCUGCCGUCAUGUGCACAGUGAUGAGGUGCCUGGGGAUCCCCACCCGUGUGAUCACCAACUUCGACUCUGGCCACGACACAGAUGGAAACCUGAUCAUAGACGAGUAUUAUGACAACACGGGCCGGAUUUUGGGGAAUAAGAAGAAGGAUACUAUCUGGAACUUCCAUGUCUGGAAUGAGUGCUGGAUGGCCCGGAAGGAUCUGCCCCCUGGAUACGGAGGCUGGCAGGUGCUGGACGCCACACCUCAGGAGAUGAGCAACGGCGUCUACUGCUGCGGCCCUGCCUCUGUCAGAGCCAUCAAAGAAGGAGAAGUGGACCUGAACUACGACACGCCCUUUGUGUUUUCGAUGGUGAAUGCUGACUGCAUGUCCUGGCUCGUCCAGGGAGGGAAGGAGCAGAAACUUCACCAGGACACGAGUUCUGUUGGCAAUUUUAUCAGCACAAAGAGCAUCCAGAGUGAUGAGCGGGAUGACAUCACAGAGAACUACAAGUACGAAGAAGGUUCCCUCCAGGAGAGGCAGGUAUUUCUGAAGGCUUUGCAGAAGCUGAAGGCUGGAAGGUUCCAUAGCUCCCGAAGAGGAGCAGAGUUGCAACCUUCCAGGCCCACCCCACUGAGCCGGGACAGCCCUCGGAGCCUGCAUACACCUUCCCUUCGACCCAGUGAUGUGGUCCAAGUCUCCCUGAAAUUCAAGCUGCUCGACCCGCCCAACAUGGGCCAGGAUAUAUGCUUUGUCCUGCUGGCCCUCAACGUGUCCUCCCAGUUCAAGGACCUCAAAGUGAACCUGAGUGCCCAGUCUCUGCUGCACGAUGGCAGCCCCCUGUCCCCAUUCUGGCAGGACACAGCGUUCAUCACACUCUCUCCUAAAGAAGCAAAGACCUACCCCUGCAAAAUCUCCUAUUCCCAGUACAGCCAGUACCUGUCAACAGACAAGCUGAUCCGCAUCAGUGCCUUGGGUGAAGAGAAAAGCAGUCCCGAGAAAAUCCUGGUGAACAAGAUCAUCACCUUAUCUUAUCCGAGCAUCACGAUUAAUGUUCUAGGAGCAGCCGUUGUGAACCAGCCACUCUCCAUACAGGUGAUAUUUUCAAACCCCCUCUCAGAGCAGGUUGAGGACUGUGUGCUGACCGUGGAAGGAAGUGGCCUCUUCAAGAAACAGCAGAAAGUCCUCCUUGGAGUCCUCAAACCCCAACAUCAAGCGAGCAUCAUUCUGGAGACCGUCCCCUUCAAGAGUGGCCAAAGGCAGAUCCAAGCUAAUAUGAGAAGCAACAAGUUUAAGGACAUCAAGGGUUACAGGAAUGUUUAUGUAGACUUUGCAUUAUAAAUUCUGGAGCAACGCGCCGGACGUGUGCCUUUCAAGCUUCAGGAAAAGGAGCAAGUUCAAAUGCGAGCUGCGCCAUUCCCCACCACGACAGAGGCUUCACAGGGCUCCAGCGAGAGCAGCAGAGGGGAUGACGUGUUCAUUGUCUGUCUCCCCUGUCUCCACUAGAAAUGUAAGCUCCAUGAGGGCAGCGACUUUGCUUUAUUUACCUUGUACCCCUAUACUCAGAACCAUUUCUGGCUAUGCUAGGCACUCAAUAAAUAUUUUUUGAAUGAAUGAAUAGGGUACUCCAGCAUCCAGAGAACAGGUAGGAAAUGUCUAUGGAUGGAUAUUUCCCUGGACCAUUUGCACAGCUCCCCUGGACUCUUUUUAGGGCCCAGGGAUUCCACUGUGUCCCGUCCAGAGAUUCCAGGGAUUCCACAGUCUCCUAUCCAGAAGCGUGAUUUGGCACAGAGGUCAGAGGAUACUGGUAGGACUUGGCCAUGACUUACUGCCCCCUGCCCCAGAUAUCCAGGAAAGAAAAAGACAGGCUGAACAGCUCACUGGCGUUGUGUUGUUGCAAUAGCUAAUUCCCUAGUAUGAAUAAACUUCAGACCUUGCUCUCCUUUG